GCUUUUUCUUGACUUCUUCGUCAUUUCAUUUCUUUUCUGGAAAACAACCAAAUACACACAGACAGCUGGUGUAUAUAUACCUACUUAUCUUGUGUGCACCCCGAUCGAGCAACAUCACCACCGGCUUUCCCUUUUGGUCCUCAUAUAAAGAAAUACGAACCCGCACACGCGACACAAAAGGCAUACAUACCGCUAUACACCCAUCUCCAACUUGCCUUCUCCUCUCCUGGCUCCUCGCAGGCAAAAAAGACAGCCAUGACCAGCCUCCUCACCAUCACCCCUCCAGACAUGGAGCCUCUUCCGCUCUACUCACGGCGCGACCCCGACAGCAUCUCCAUCCUCAGCAGUGCACCCUCGUACGUCUCGGAAACACCCACUUACACUUCGCACCGCGCAGCACCUCCCGCUCCCUCUCUGCCACCACUGCUCCCGCCUCUGCAGCCCAACCAGCAAGCCAGCCAGGGCCUACCAGCGCCGCGCUACGCCCCGGGCUUCCAGAACCGCGCCCACGGUUCACCCUCCGCCAUGUCCAUCGACUCCAUCUUCGCCACCCCGCGUUACACCCACGCCCGCGCCAACAACGCCCGCCAGUACGACGCAGUCGCCCGUCGCCGUGCAAACACCCAGCACGCAAACACCACUGCCAUCUUGUCCUCCCUAUCCUCUUCCUCUACCACUAUCCCAACCCUCUCCUCGACGACAUCAACUCCCUCUCCCCCGCGAUCCUCCUCUCCUCUAACCCACGCCCGCCCCACCACCGCAACCUCCCCGCCCCAAACAGCAAACGCAUCCUCCUCCUCCCUCUUCCUCCCUCUAGAAUCCCCUUCCACCACCUCCCCCUCUUCUUCUUCCUCCGCCAAUCCCCCACACCAACCACUCCUGCCCGCAUACCCUGUCCGCGUAGGCUCAAACACCGAGCCCCUCAACCCCCUCGAAGACCCCUACCUCGUUGGCGAAGAAGCAGCGGACCGCCACCGCGCCGCCCGCGUCUACCGCGAAAUGUGUCUCAGGGGCGAAGAGGCCGCUGCCCACGAGAGCAGGAGCUGGGACUUCAUGAUGGGCCAGAUGAGCGACUGGGAGGAGCGGCGCAGGAGCUGGAAGGGGUUCCGGAAGAGUGUGGGGAAUGCUCGGGGCGUCUUGGGGAGGAGGUUGGUCAUCGGUCGGGCUUGGUGACC